AAGGAGAGCAUGAGAUUGUCGAGUCCUUCCCACCCCGCAUCGCCGGCUUCCACCACCCCACCAUCCAAAAAGCCAACCUUUUCUAUCAAAUCCAUUCUUCUCCUCAAAUUGUCUCUAUACUUGAACAGUUCCCCUGAGAAUUUACUCCAUAUAAUCAUCCUUUUCCCUUCACAAUGCAGGCUCCAGUGCUGGUUAUGAACACUCAGUCUGGGGAGCGCCAGACUGGUAUUUCACCUAUUUUUAUAUUCCACUUUUCUCUGAUCAAGUUUAAUCCCUGAUGUGUGCUUAUACUGGUAAAUAGGACGCAAAGCUCAACUUUCGAAUAUCACUGCUGCUAAGACCGUUGCAGACAUCAUUCGGUCUUGUUUAGGCCCUAAAGCGAUGUUGAAAAUGCUGCUGGACCCAAUGGGUGGAAUUGUGUUGACAAACGACGGACAUGCUAUUCUUAGGGAAAUCGAGGUCGCACAUCCUGCUGCUAAGAGCAUGAUCGAGUUGAGUCGGACGCAGGUAUGACCGUAUUUCCCACGCUGCUUGCUGCUACCGUCACUUCUGAUACCCGAAGUGACGGGAUUCUGGGGUUUGUGUGGGCAAGUCGGGUUUUCUAUAGGAGUAACCGUUGACAUUGUCUUCUCUCUACGAAUAGGACGAGGAAGUUGGAGAUGGUACUACUACUGUUAUCAUCCUUGCCGGUGAAAUCCUUGCACAAGCUCUUCCGCAUUUACAACGCAACAUCCACCCGGUCGUCAUUAUCCAGGCUUUCAAGAGAGCUCUUGCUGAUGCCCUGGCUAUCGUUGAGGACAUCUCCAUUCCCAUAUCUACCGAUGACGACGAGGCGAUGCAUAACUUGAUUCAGUCUUCCAUCGGCACAAAGUUUGUCUCCAGAUGGUCAAAGCUGAUGUGCGAUCUCGCUCUUUCGGCUGUCCGCACUGUGGCGAGGGAUCAGGGCGGGAAAAAGGAGGUCGACAUAAAGCGUUAUGCUAGGGUCGAGAAGAUCCCUGGAGGAGAGAUCGAGGAUUCGAGAGUUCUUGACGGUGUCAUGCUGAAUAAAGAUAUUACGCACCCGAAGAUGAGGAGGAGGAUUGAGAACCCUAGAAUUCUCUUGCUGGAUUGCCCGCUGGAGUAUAAGAAGGGAGAGUCUCAGACCAAUAUCGAAAUUAGUAAGGAGGAGGACUGGAGUAAGAUCUUGGAAAUAGAAGAAAGGCAGGUCAAGGCUAUGUGUGACGCCAUUUUAGCAUUCAAGCCGGAUCUAGUCAUAACUGAGAAGGGAGUUUCUGGUGUGCCUCCCCAUGGUUAUCUGUUGGGACGAACGACUGACGAUGCUACCUUAAGAUCUUGCUCAACACUACCUUCUCAAGGGCAAUGUAACAGCUCUUCGCCGUGUCAGAAAGACCGAUAACAACCGUAUCGCCCGUGCCGUUGGUGCUACAAUUGUGAACCGUGUGGACGAUAUCAAUGGGUCAGAUAUUGGCACUAAAUGCGGUCUCUUUGAAAUUGAGAAGAUUGGUGAUGAGUACGCGAUCUUAAUCCUACCCCGUGAAAUUUGAGGACCCCGUGAAGACAACACAGCUGACCCUCUUAGAUACUUUUCGUUUAUGACAAAGUGUGAAGAUCCUAAAGCUUGCACAAUCCUCCUCCGUGGGCCCUCUAAGGAUAUUCUUAACGAAAUCGAACGCAAUCUACAGGACGCAAUGUCAGUGGCACGCAAUGUCUUUUUCCACCCCCGUUUGGCCCCUGGAGGCGGUGCGACUGAGAUGGCUAUCUCUGCACGCCUUGCUGAGAUUUCAAAGUCUAUCGAAGGUGUGCAGCAGUGGCCGUACAGGGGGGUUGCGGAGGCCCUGGAAGUGAUACCUAGGACAUUAGUGACAAAUUCUGGUGCCAGCCCGAUAAGAGUGCUCACCCAGCUACGUGCAAAACAUGUCGCGAAGGAGCAUACUUGGGGGAUUGACGGUGAUACCGGCAAGAUUGUUGAUAUGAAGGAAUAUGGUGUCUGGGAGCCUGAGGCGGUGAAGCUACAAAGCGUUAAGACAGCUAUUGAGGUGGGGAGAGGAAACCUGUAUAAAUGUCUGGAUUCACAUUUUACUGACAGUUUUUCUAGUCUGCGUGCCUUCUCCUUCGUGUUGAUGAAAUCUGCGGCGCCAAGGGAGCUAAAAAGGGCGGUGGGGGUGGUGGGGGUCAAGAGGAAUAGACAAAAGUUACUGGGACAUAGACUAUUUCAUUGAGCCUCUCGGGCAAGGUUAUAUCAGAAACUAAUUGUGCUAUCAUACAUG